AUGAAGUUCCUCAUCGUCUUCGUCGCCCUCUUCGCCAUCGCACUGGCAAGACCUGACAUUGAAGUUGUGCGACAGGAUUCUGACGUCGGGCCCGAAAGCUUCAAAUUUUCUGUGGAGACUUCCGAUGGUACCAAAAGGGAAGAAGAGGGUCAACUUAAGAAUGCUGGCACUGAUAAUGAGUAUAUUGCCGUUCAUGGAUCAUUCUCGUAUGUUGCUGAUGAUGGUAAGACCUACAGCGUCGUCUAUACCGCCGAUGAGAACGGUUUCCAGCCCAAAGGCGAUCAUAUUCCCGUCGCCUAAGAAGUUAUAUCGAAUUUGAAAUGA